AUGACGAACAUAAUCGAUAAGACUUACGAAGAUGCUAUUGCUUCGAAGCUUCUUCCCGGAGUAACAGCCAUUGCCGGCGACAAGAACGGCCAUACCAUCUACUCUAAAUCUCUGGGAAGAUCAAGCUUGAAAGAAGGCCAGGAUCAGGCUUUUACGUCCUCAACCAUUUGCGCUCUUGCCUCGAUGACGAAGCUCAUGACAUCUGUGGCUGUCCUGCAAUGUGUUGAGCAAGGUAAACUAGACUUGGACAAAGACAUUCGACCCCUCCUGCCUGACAUGGGCAAGUAUGGGAUCAUCACUGGCUUCGACGAUGAGAAGAACCUGCCCAUCUUCGAAACCGAUUCCACACCCAUCAGUCUUCGAAUGCUGCUUACCCAUACAUCUGGUCAUGACGGGGGCUGCGAUUGGGCAGGAAGAGCAGUUGAGAUAGCUACUGGUAUGACUCUAGAGGAGUUCAUGCAAAAGCAUAUUUGCACACCUCUGGGAAUUGAGAAGGAAUUCUCUUUCUGGCCCAAGACCAACCCCGAGAUGAAGAACCGAAUGGCCGAUAUUAGCACUUUGAAUGGACAGGGGGAGCCUCCGGCUGUGGACGAGCCGACUUUCGACAUCCUGUUUGGCGGGACUGAAUGUCUCGGUGGCGGCGGCGGCUUUGGGUCCGCCCAAGGAUACUAUACCUUCCUUUCAGCCGUAUUUCAGCGCGAUCCCCGCGUCCUGACAGUUGACUCUUACACCGAGCUCUUCCGACCACAGCUUGACAGCAAACUCGAGGAAGCUUUCAACAAGUAUCUGGUCCUGUCACCUGCUCAUGAACAGUUUAUCGGUAUGGGUAUUCCCAGUUCAAUUCGCAAGACAUGGUCCCUCGCAGAUGCUUCCGCCCAUGCAUCCAAAGAUUAUGGCACUACAUGA